AUGCUUGACGUCUCCAUCCCCGUUGAUCCACUCUGCCACGAGGCCUUCCCGGCCUACGAGUCCGACACCGAGUCGUUCGAGUACGACCCCCGAUCCGUCGAUGCCCUCAUCCGCAGCCGCCUCCUGUCGCCCUCCCUGACCGAGGCCGAGGCCGAGGACUCGUUCUUUGUCGCCGACAUGGGCGACGUUGUCCGCCAGCACAGCCAGUGGAAGUCUCUCCUCCCCCGUGUCGAGCCCUUUUAUGCCGUCAAGUGCUGCCCUGACCCUGUCGUGAUCAAGACCCUGGUUGAUCUCGGCAUCGGCUUUGACUGCGCCAGCAAGGUCGAGAUUCAGACCGUCCUCGACUACGGCGUCGAUCCCUCCCGUGUGAUCUACGCCAACCCCUGCAAGGGCCCCACCCACAUCCGCUAUGCCGCCGGCAAGGGCGUCGACAUGAUGACCUUUGACAACGCCGACGAGCUGCACAAGGUCAAGGCCAUCAACCCCAAUGCCAAGAUGGUGCUGCGCAUCUUGACCGACGACUCGCGCUCCGUCUGCCGCUUCGGCGUCAAGUUUGGCGCUUCCCUCGCCGUCGUCCCCCACCUCCUGCAGACCGCCAAGGACCUGGGCGUUGAUGUCGUUGGCAUCAGCUUCCACGUCGGCAGCGGCUGCUACGAUGCUCAGGCCUUUGGCGACGCCGUUGUCCUUGCCCGCAAGGCCUUUGACAUUGGCGCUUCCAUGGGCUUCAAGUUCAGCCUCCUCGACAUUGGUGGCGGCUUCCCCGGCAACAAGAACAAGGGCAUCCAGUUCAACGAUGUCGCCGCCGUCCUGCGCCCCGUCCUCGACGAGCUUUUCCCCGAAGAUAUCCGCAUCAUUGCCGAGCCUGGCCGCUACUUUGUCUCGGCCGCGUUCACCCUGGUCGUCAGCGUCGUUGCCCGCCGCGUCGUGCAGAAGAGCGACGACGAGAAGCCCUCGUUCAUGUACUAUAUCAACGACGGCAUGUACGGCAGCUUCAACUGCAUCACCUUUGAUCACGUUCAGUGCGAGCCCAACAUUCUCAUCAAGAACGGCUCCUACCUCUACGGCGCCGAGCUCAACGAAGUCGAGUACGACUGCAGCAUCUGGGGUCCCACCUGUGACUCGAUCGACUGCAUCACCCGCACCGCUGUGCUCCCCAAGCUCGACGUCGGCGACUGGCUCUAUUUUGACAACAUGGGUGCCUACACCCUUGCCGCUGCCUCCCAGUUCAACGGCUUCAAGAAGAGCACCAUCCUCUACACCAACACCGAGCAAUAA